AUGGCCACCACCACAACCACCACGCUGCCGCGUCCCAUGAACCCUCCCACCGGCCCACUGCCCGCCCUGCCAGUCCCCAAAACGCGGCGCCCUGCAACUGCCCGUUCCGGCCCGUCCAGCCCGUCCAGCCCGGAGCGCCGCAUCUCCACCGCCUCCAGCUCGUCGCUCUCGCGCCCACCGCCCUCGCCCGCCGCCGCCGCCCGCACCUCCUCGUCGUCGCUCCCCAUGAGGCCGCAGAGCAAGCACGCCAAUUCCGCCACCGCCGUGCCCCAGGCCCAGCCGCCCGCCGCGCACGCCGGUGGCCCGUCGCCGCACAAGACGCUGCGCAAGACGAUCAGCAUAGGCUCGUUCCCGCAGCCGCCCAAGAACAGCCGCCUGAGCCACCCCUCGAGUCCGCUGUCCGCCGCCACCACCCCCGACGGCAUCACCACCGACCGCAGAGGCUCGGCCGGCUCGCUGAGCGUGCCCGCCGGCGCCUUGCGCAAGCGGCCCAGCGUCAAGGGCCGCGGCCCGCUGGCCAUCAAAUCGCCUCUCACGUCGCCGAGCGCCUUGACCGAGUUCUCGCCCACGGAGAGCCGGAGCUCGUCGGCCAACGGCUCCUACUCGACCGGAAUCGAAGACAUGGGCGGCGACGACAAGGGCAGCAAGUCUCCCUCGUCGGACAAUGAUUCGGGAAAGGACGUCAAGGGCAACGUCAUCGUGAGCGUCCGAGUGCGCCCCAAUGCCUCAACCAACGAGAAUUCAGGUCUGCAAGAUUGGGAUCUCGAUGGCCGGCGCGGCACAAUUGAAUAUAGGGGAAAAGAUGGUGGUACUUUUCAAAGCGACAACGUGUUUUCGACCCAGGACAACAACGCCAGGGUGUACGAUGCAGCAGCAAAACGAUUGGUGCGUAGGGUGAUGGAAGGUUAUCACGGAACCGUAUUCGCCUACGGAAUGACCGGCACCGGAAAGACGUUUUCUAUGCAGGGAACAGCAACGUCGCCCGGUGUGAUCCCGCUGGCUAUCACCGACAUUUUCUCCUUCAUCCGCGAGACGCCCAAGCGGGAGUUCUUACUCCGGGUCAGCUACCUGGAAAUCUACAACGAAAGGAUCCACGAUCUCCUAUCAGAUCCGCCUCCGACGGGGCCAGGCGCACAGGCCAUCCAGCAAGAAGAGAUCAAGCUGAGGGAGGACAGCAAGCGUGGCGUAUACGCCACCCCGCUGAAGGAAGAAAUCGUCCAAAGCCCAACUCAGCUGCUUCGCGUCAUUGCAAGAGGCGACAACAACAGGCGGGUUGCGGGAACUCAGUUCAACGCCCGCAGCUCGCGAAGUCACGCUGUUGUCCAGAUCGUCGUCGAGAGCCGUGAGCGCGUGCCUGGCGGCGUCGCACUUCAGGAUACCAAACGGACUGCCAUUGCUCCCGGUGGCGUCCGUGUCUCCACUUUGAGCUUGAUCGAUCUGGCUGGAUCGGAGAAAGCAGCUGAAGAUAAGGAGAGAAGGACUGAGGGUGCUCACAUCAACAAAAGUUUGCUUACUCUUGGUACCGUGAUUGCACGCCUGUCCGAGGCAAAGGAGAAGAAGGGAGCAGACAAGGACAAACACUUGCCUUACCGUGACAGCAAACUGACGCGCUUGCUACAACCAGCCUUGUCUGGAGGCUCACUUGUCAGCAUCCUGUGCACGAUAUCGAUUGGGUCCACCGGAACUGCCGCCUCCAUCGCGACGCAUGUCAACGAAACCCUGAACACUCUGAAAUUCGCGUCUCGUGCGAAGAACAACAUCGUAAGUCAUGCGAAGAAGGCGGAAGAGGCAGCUCCUGGCGGAGGCGAUGCCGGCAGUCGUGCUCUUCUGGACCGAUACCGCAUGGAAAUCCAGGAGCUCCGCAAGCAACUGGACACCAAGACGAAAGAGGAGGUCCCGGUUGUCAAAGAUGUCGAUAUGGAGGAGGAGAGAGCGCGGGAAGCCGAAGCCGCGGCAAGGCACGAAGAGCAGAUGUUGGAAAUGCAGCUUGCGCGCACGGCCCUGAAGGAGCGCAUCGAGCACCUCAACCGGCUCAUUCUCAGCUCCAAGUCAAUCGGCGUCAACUCGGGCCGGUCGUUUUCAUCCAUGGGCUUCCAAUACCGCAACUCGAUCAUGAGUAAUAGUGAACCUCACACGGUGUCGGCCCGAACCUCGACAGCAACGCUGGAGGUGCCGCACUUCAACAGAAUGUCAUCAGGAGGGCCCGGGACGACGCCAUUCCCUCCAUACACACCUCAGACGCCAGGGCUGCCGUCAGACCAUACUUCGGAGGAAGACGAUUCGAUUGGAGAAAACGGUGACGGCACAGCGACCGAAAGCGCGCGGGUUCGGGCUCUUCAAGCGGAUCUCGAGGACAAGAACCGCUACAUCGCCACGCUGGAGAAGCGGCUCCUCCAAGCGCGGAGAUCCAGCCACUCGCGCGUGUCGAUGGCGCUGGCGGCGUCAGUGCACUCGGCCGAGGAGGGCGGGGUGGAGGCGCUGAUGAAGGAGAAGGACGACGAGAUUGCGGACCUCAGGGCGCGGCUGGACGACAAGGAUCGAAUGCUGACGGCACUGCGGUCGGCGGCGAGGAAGCGGGACGUGGCGGAUCUCACCAUCGACACGUCGAUCGAGCGUCAAGCAUCGAUGGACCGGCGAGCGUCGCUGGGGCCUCGCACGCCCGGGCAUCGGAGCAGGGGGAGCACGGGGUCGUCGUACCUGACGCGGCAGUCGGCAGCCAGCCCGAUUGCACUGCUGUCGCCGCGGUCAGAAAAGAGGUCGCGGGAGGUGGAGGACAUUACCAGGAUGCUGGACAACAUGAUAUCGGAGCAGGGCGAGCCGGGACAGCGACCGGGGCACGCGCGGAGGACGAGCAUCGCCAGGAUGGCACUCGAGGGCCGGGGGACGUCGUGA